GUUUUCUUUUGUAGGGAACUCAACAAAGGAGGAACGAAGUGAUAUCAAAACAUGAAGGGGCUUGUGUUCAUCAAUUUCUUCCUACUUAUUUUGCUUGCAAACACUAUAGAAUCAAGGUACGAGCCAGGAGAUCAUCACUGGAGAAAUUUCAUUGACGACAAGUCAUUGCGUGAAAAAAUUGGAGAAUUUAUCCAAUCUUAUCCAAACUCACUUCUUUCUGAGAAGGAAAUGGAAGAUUGCACCGGAACUUUGAAGCUUGAAGAUGGAAAGCUAUUCGUCAAAAAUCUCGAGCCUCGACCACAAGCCACAUUUGACUCGGAUGUAGUCAAAACUAAACUUUUUUCUAUAGACAUAAAACCCCGACCAAGUGCAUCGUUUUAUCCCGAUGAUACCAAGAAAAAGUUUAUCGCUGAAGAUAUAGAACCACGACCAAACCUCUCAUUUUAUCCCGAUGUUGUCAAAACUAAACUUUUUUCUAAAGACAUAGAACCCCGACCAAGUGCAUCGUUUUAUCCCGAUGAUACCAAGAAAAAGUUUAUCGCUGAAGAUAUAGAACCACGACCAAACCUCUCAUUUUAUCCCGAUGUUGUCAAAACUAAACUUUUUUCUAAAGACAUAGAACCCCGACCAAGUGCAUCGUUUUAUCCCGAUGAUACCAAGAAAAAGUUUAUCGCUGAAGAUAUAGAACCACGACCAAACCUCUCAUUUUAUCCGGAUGUUGUCAAAACUAAACUUUUUUCUAAAGACAUAGAACCCCGACCAAGUGCAUCGUUUUAUCCCGAUGAUACCAAGAAAAAGUUUAUCGCUGAAGAUAUAGAACCACGACCAAACCUCUCAUUUUAUCCGGAUGUUGUCAAAACUAAACUUUUUUCUAAAGACAUAGAACCCCGACCAAGUGCAUCGUUUUAUCCCGAUGAUACCAAGAAAAAGUUUAUCGCUGAAGAUAUAGAACCACGACCAAACCUCUCAUUUUAUCUGGAUGUUGUCAAAACUAAACUUUUUUCUGAAAACAUAAAACCCCGACCAAGUGCUUCAUUUUAUCCGGAUGAUAUCAGAUUAAAGGUUGUCAAAGAUAUAAAACCGCGACCAAGUGUCACGUUUUAUCCAGAUGAUAUCAAAACAAAGAUUGCCAAAGAUAUAGAACCACAACCAAGUAUUACAUUCUAUCCCGAUGAUAUCAAAACAAAGAUUGCCAAAGAUAUAGAACCACGACAAAGUGUCACAUUUUAUCCGGAUGACAUCAAUUUAAAAGUUGGCAAAGAUAUAGAACCGCGACCAAGUGUCACGUUUUAUCCCAAUGAUAUCAAAACAAAGAUUGUCAAAGAUAUAGAACCGCGCACAAGUGUCACAUUUUAUCCCGAUGAUAUCAAAACAAAUCUUGUUAUCAAACCUAUAGAGCCACGAUCAAGUACCACAUUUCAUCGAGACAAUCUCAAAGCCAAAGAGUUCUCGAUCGAUGCUCUCCGUGAUGAAGCUGACGUACAAGUGGCACAAGCUUGAUGCUAUGUCCAAAGAGAAAGGAAGAAAAAUAUCUAUUAAAAAUCCCUUAAGCUAUGAUCCAACGUGUUUAUGGUUUGUGUAAUUUACUUUUCUGUUUGAAUGUGGAAAAAAUAAGUUGUGGUCAUGAAUAAUAUUACGAGGAAGCUAUAUACUGGGAUGGUUUCUAUUUAGAUUUCCAUUUCAUGUAAUAGUGAUCGAUACCGAAU